GAUAAGUUGACGUAUUUCAUUACUAGAAGAUUAUACGGCAGAUAUCCUGAGGAUUAUUAAUCGGACACAAUUACCUAAUAAACAGAUUCUAAGAUUUGACACGAAGACAAAUUUGCCAAUGUGUCUUCAAAGUUCAUCGACGGGCCAUGAGUAGUGAUACUGGCACACAACAAGAUCAAGAAGUUCCUUAUCUAGACAAUAACAAGGUGAUUGAUAAGAAAGAUCGUAGUCCAGAAUCAUCAGACAGAAAAUCAACAGACCGUGGUAUUGAUAAUAGAAAAAGAAGGAACAGGGGAUCAGAACUACUUCAAGUUUCAGACGAGCUUUUCCAAGACCUAAGCCAGAUGCAAGAGACGUGGCUAACAGAAGCGAGUCAGACAGAGGAGAGGGAACAGUAUGUCCCAGGAUGCAAUACUGGAAUCAAGGGAAAUAACUAUGUUAAUCCAUACUUAAAGAUUAAGACAGAGCCUAAAACAAGCACCUGCUGUGGUCCUGCCAUACCUAACAGCUUACAGAAAGUAAACACCACAUCUAAGUAUGACUACGGAGAGAGGCGAUAUCUCACAGGAAGUGAUCACACACCAUCAUCCCCGUCAGGGUCUGUGUGCUCAUCAUCGUCUGGAAAGGAAUCGUCCAGUCUGUCACCUUGCAGUAAAGACGUGUCACAAUAUUCUAAUGGGACAGAUUCAUCAUGUACCUACAUGAACAGAUCACCUGAAAGAUCAACCUCAGCACCACAGAAGGGUUAUUUCUCACCUGAUCCACAAACCAACUAUUGUCGUCUUAUGUCCACGACUUAUGCUCAUCAUUUCUUCAAGCAAGAGUUGUACGACAGAAGCUAUGAUAUUUCUAGGAACCAUGGCUAUUCACAGUUGCCUUCUACACAAACACCUACCAUUAAACAGGAGCCGAGGGAAUUUACAUUUGACAAUGGUUUUCCUUGUCCCUACGACAAUCCAAUGAGAUUUUUCUGUCACGAGUCAGCUGACUCGUCCUAUUUAGAAAGGUUUAGAGAAAAACACAGGGAGAGAUUUGAAGGAAUUGAAAUGAAAGCUGAUUUUUAUAGAGACUUCUAUUUUGAUCGCUACCAUAGAGAUGGACCACAUCCUACCUAUCAGAGACGAGGGUCAUUACAGUUGUGGCAGUUCUUAGUGGCCUUACUGGAUGAUCCAGCAAAUUCUGCAUUUAUUGCAUGGACUGGUCGAGGACUAGAAUUCAAACUUAUUGAACCAGAAGAGGUUGCACGUAGAUGGGGAAUACAGAAGAAUCGUCCAGCCAUGAAUUAUGAUAAAUUAAGUCGAUCAUUGAGAUAUUAUUAUGAAAAAGGUAUAAUGCAAAAAGUUGCAGGAGAACGUUAUGUAUAUAAAUUUGUUUGUGAUCCUGAAGCUUUGUUUUCAAUGGCAUUUCCGGACAAUCAUCGACCCAUUCUGAAAACUGAAUGCUCAAGAGACGAAUAUUUACGUGACACAAACCACGGGUUUGAAAAUCAGCCUAUCAGUUUACAUUCAGGACACAUUUCUCAAGGACAUCUGCCCCCAAGUCACAUGACACCUGUACAUAUGAUGCCUCCACCUACAUCCACGUCCAAUAUGGCACCGUCAAAUAUGGAGCAGCGGUACCAUUACAUGCAGGAUAUGCAAAGAGUAUACAGCUCAGGACCUUAUAUGGAAAAUUGUGUGUAUUGAAACUGGCUCAAACAGGGAACUUAACAAUUCAGAAUAUACUGAGUAUAAACUUAUUAGUCUCUGUGAAACUGAUUGGACAACAGUUAUCGGUCCUGUUCUUUUGUAUAAAUUAGUUCAAAGUCAACAAGAUGAUUUUUUCAGUUGAAAUUAAUUUAUAGACCAAAACAAUUCUUUUAUGUUUUCAUGUUACCUACUUGGACCAAUACUUUUUAUCAAAUUAAAAAUAAGAAAUAUGUUGGGUCUUAUGGAAAUCAUGUUCUCGCCUUAAAUGAUCUAAAGUUCAAAAACUGUCCUGAGAUAGGAAAAUUUUUCAUUUACUAUCUUGCUGCUUAUAGCAUAACAGUGAAUACAAUUUUAUAAAAAUUUAUAGAAAACUGAGAGAAGUUUAUAUAAGACCUUAUCAAGGUUGUUAAUUAAAAUGCCUUAAGUAGAACACUGAAAGUAUAAAAUUAUUACUAAUGUCAGGUCUGUUUAUAAUGGUGUAAGUGGCACUCUGUAGUUUUAAUCUGACAUAUAAAACUUACAGGUCUAAAAUUUUCAGUAAGUGUAUAAAGACAACAUUGAAGUUUACAUCUUAUUUAUAACUUAGUCAGGUAAGAAAAUAUUAAUCUCAAUUGUGCCUCAGCUUUUACAAAGCAAAAUGCCAUAACUGUUUGUUUUUAUUGGAGUUUUCCAUGACAAUGUCAAACCAUGUAAUAAUAUAUAAUAUAUUCCAACUGGAGUAGAUGGUGAUUUUAAUUACAAUGUGCAACUGUAACAAUCAUUAAAUAUUACAUGUACUCCAGGGAUGAUUGUGAUUGGCCUGGAACUUAUACAUGUAUGUUGAUUUAUACUAUGAUUUUGAUGAUUCUUUGAAAAUUUAUAACACCAACUGAGCUUUGCAGGGGUGGAUCGAGCCAUUUUAAAGGGGGGGUCCAACGUCCAACUAUAUGCUCCCAUUCAAAUGCAUUUAUCGUCCAAAGAAACGGGGGGGGGAUUCAACCGCUGGAAUCCCCCCCUGGAUCCGCCAACGCUUUGUCAGUUUCACAACCUCCAGCAACUAUAGUCUUGCUUCAGUUUUCUUUUCUUUGUUAAAUUGGACACUCACAUAUGUCCUGCAAAACCAUCAAUAAUGAUAAGUGCAUUGUAACAAUUUUAGAUUUUUUCAUUAUCAUGAUUAUAUGAUAUUAAUUUGACCAUUUAAUUUUUGAUGGUUACCUGCAUUUGCAUGUACUGAUAACAUUCUUGACCUUACAUUGUUAGUAUAUAGUUUUGAAAAAAUAAAUUGUUUGCUAGUCAUCUUUAUAUGCAAUUAGAUUUAGUUUGCUUUUUGAUAGUUCAUACUUUUUACCUUGAAAGGUAAAAGCUUGAAAUAUGUCUAUUUCCUAUACUUUGAUUACGUUUACCAUUGUUGAUUGUGGAAAGUGUCUAUAUGUUAUUUAAUUUUUGAAGUCCUGAACAACUGUAGUUGUUAUAAAUUACAAAGUCAAAAUUAGUCCCAUUAUUGGUACAAAAUAAUUUGGUUUUUUUUUCUUGUAACAUUUUCAUUGCCAAAACUAAAGUUCUGUUGUUUAUUUUUGCCUUCAUCUGAUGAUGUAAAAAAUAUAUGAUUUUAUGAAGCUUUUUGUGGAUCAAUAACUUUCAAGUUGAUCUUUCCAAUAUUGUUAGGUAGGUUUCAACAAGGCUAUAGCAAUGUUUACUUUAUUGAAACACUUUUGUAGAAUGUAAUGUAAGCAUAAACAUAUAUGUCUACAACACUUAGUUACAUUGCUACCUGCUCAGUGGUAUUUUUUUUAUUUUUUAUUGUUUAGUUGUAAUGAAUAUCACUGAAAGUAAAAGCAGUGAAAUUUCUGUGGCAAGGGAGAUAAUUCCAAUGAUUUUAUAACCCAUACAACUAGUGAAAAUAAAUUCUAUAUGUCAUACAUGUAGUUAACAAAAUUUGAAUUCAAAUAGCAUUGGAAUUUGAUUUUUUUUUUAAAUGUUUGCCAUUCUAUAAACAUGAUGAAAACUCAAUAAUGAUUUGAUUUACAAAUUACUCUAGAAAAUUUCUCUUUUUUUUUGCCUUGUUCUGAUUAGUUUUAUGAAGUUGAACCACACUACAAUGCUGUUUGUCUCACUAUCACUGGGACAUUUUUAAAAUGAGUAUUGCUGUAAUAAUUAACAACCAACAUAACCAAACAAUUGUACAGUAUCUACAUCUUACAUCUAAUUGUACAUAUUUGAUUAUAUUGGUGAUAUAAAACUGUGCAAGCAGUUAGAAUUUUUAAACACACUUUUUUAGUUCCAAUGGGAGAAUUGUGAUCCCUGCAGGACACACCAGGAAUUUUGUGACAUUUGACAAUAGAUCUUAUUUUGUUAAAAUAUUAUUUACAAAAUGUUAUAUUUUUAAAGGAAAUGAUAUUUUAUUUGUUAAUAAUUCCAUUUCUAGUCAGAUUGUUGUAUAUUUAUAUGUAAAGAUUGUGAUC